UUUACAUGACUCCGCCCCAAAAUCAUUUCAUUGGCUACGAGUGUAUGGUCCUUUUGAGUUAAUUUCCGGGUUUGGAUGAGUGUAUAUAAUCCCGAUUCUUGUGGGAUUAACUGUCUGCUUUGUGAAUAGUUUGAAUAGUUGAAAAAUACUUUUUGCUUGCUGCUUUUUUACAGAUUUAUCUGUACAUAUAUAAAUAGAAGAUGACUACUCUACCCCUCUCUCGUUCUGAGGUGUUUGGGGAGCUGAGGAAGGAGCUGUAUGAUGAUAAAGAAUUUCACCAAACUGAUGUCCAUAUCUUCAUUAUUAUGGGUGCCUCAGGCGAUCUGGCAAAAAAGAAGAUUUACCCUACUCUCUGGUGGUUAUUUAGAGAUGGUCUUCUCCCUGAACAGACUUACUUUGUUGGCUUUGCCCGCUCUAAUCUGACUGUAGAUGCAAUUCGCACAGCCUGCUUGCCCUUCAUGAAGGUGGUUGAUACUGAGGCAGAUCGUCUCUCUGCUUUCUUCAAGCGGAACUCCUAUCAAAGUGGGAAUUAUGAUGAUGAGGCGGCUUUCCUCAAACUGAAUUCCCACCUCUUAUCACUGCCUGGUGGAGCUAAUGCCAACCGCCUCUUCUACUUGGCACUGCCACCCAGCGUUUACCACAGUGUCACCAAGAACAUUAGCCACCACUGUAUGAGCACAAAGGGGUGGAACCGAGUUAUUGUUGAAAAGCCAUUUGGCCGGGACUUGCAGAGCUCAGAGGAGCUCUCCAAUCAUCUUUCAUCUCUGUUUACUGAAGAGCAGAUCUACCGCAUAGAUCAUUAUCUUGGCAAGGAAAUGGUGCAGAACCUUAUGGUCCUCAGAUUUGGAAACAGAAUAUUUGGGCCCAUAUGGAACCGGGACAGUGUGGCCUGUGUUACUUUAACCUUCAAGGAGCCCUUUGGAACACAGGGCAGGGGUGGAUACUUCGAUGAUUUUGGCAUUAUCCGCGAUGUCAUGCAGAAUCACCUUCUGCAGAUGCUAUGCCUUGUUGCCAUGGAGAAACCCGCCUCCACCAGUUCAGAUGAUGUGAGAGACGAGAAGGUAAAGGUGUUGAAGUGUAUUGCUCCCGUCACCCUCUCUGAUGUUGUUUUGGGCCAGUAUGUGGGUGACCCAGAGGCAGAAGGGGAUGCUAGACUGGGCUACCUUGAUGAUCCUACUGUCCCUAAGGGCUCAACACAGGCUACGUUUGCCACAGCUGUUCUCUAUGUAAAAAAUGAACGAUGGGAUGGUGUUCCCUUUAUCCUGAGGUGUGGAAAGGCCCUAAAUGAGCGUAAAGCUGAAGUAAGGCUGCAGUUUACAGAUGUUCCAGGUGACAUUUUCAGCUCUCAGUGCAGCAGAAAUGAAUUGGUUGUACGUGUCCAGCCCAAUGAGGCCAUUUAUGCCAAGAUGAUGAGCAAGAAACCUGGAGUCUACUUUAGCCCUGAGGAGACCGAGCUCGAUCUGACAUAUAACAGCAGAUACAAGGAUGUUAAGCUUCCUGAUGCAUAUGAGCGCCUGAUUCUGGAUGUGUUCUGUGGCAGUCAAAUGCACUUUGUGCGCAGUGAUGAAUUGAGGGAGGCAUGGAGGAUCUUUACUCCACUUCUUCAUCAGAUAGAAAAGGAGAAGACUGUUCCUUUAAAAUAUAAAUAUGGAAGCCGAGGUCCUCAAGAGGCAGAUGUACUGACACAGCGGGUGGGCUUUCGCUAUGAAGGAACAUACAAAUGGGUGAAUCCCCACAAACUUUAAAAAAGUGUUGAUUAAUGAUGUAUAGUCUAGUGUACAACUGACCAACACAAUUUAUGGGUAUAAACUAUACUUACAGUGUAGUUAUUUUAAAAAUGGUGUGGACAAGGAAAGAAGGCUUUAAAUUUACAUUACAUACCAUAAAUUUACAGGUCUUAAACUUAAAGAUUUUUGUUUAUUAAGCACUUAAAUCUAGAAAUAAUAUUUUUCCAAUCAUUUAACAAAUUACUUGAACAAAGUCAGCUGUAAGCAGUCAUUCCUUCAUGUUUCAUUCCAAUAACCACACCUGUGCUUCUUAAUACUGAAUCUUUCUUUAAAUAAGAAAUGUAUUUUUGCACUCUUAGAUGACCAGAGUUUGUAUAUGUGAGUUGUAAUAUUUCAUUAUAGCUUUUUAACAGAAAUUGGUAAUUAGUAUAGGGUAAUGCAUGCAAAGUUUUCAUUAGAAAUAGUGGAUCAUGUGUUUAAACUUCUUGUUAGAUUACAUUUACAGUAUUCCAAUGUCUUUCUGUUUAUUUCCAUAGUAGAACCAUAACAAUUUAUUGACUCACAAAAGUUUUCCCUUCUUUGGAAAGAUUCUUAUCACACUGGCAUUACUAAAUUACUAAAUAAAC